AUGACUCCCGCCUGCUCUCUCAUCCAACCGCAGUGCGAGACGGCAGACUACUCGCUCGUCAUCGUCGGCGCUGGCCUCAUCGGCAGCGCAGCUGCCCGCCACGCGGCUCUCGGCGCGGCGCCGGGCUCGCGGAUCGCCCUCGUCGGACCGAGCGAGCCGCAGGGACGCCAGCCUGGCGAGUGGGGAGUGUUCGGCGCGCACCACGACGAGGGCCGCAUCACCCGCUGCACCGACCCGGACCCAACUUGGGCGCUCCUGGCUCAGCGCUCCAUCGACCGGUACGCCGAGAUCGAGGAGCAGAGCGGCGUGCAGUUCUUCUCCGAGGUCGGCCAUCUCGCCGUCGGCCCGGCCGGCGCGCCGUCGCUCGUUGCCCGCGCCGCCAACGCAGCGGCGCAGGGCGUGCCUCACGAGCUUCUCGACGCCGCCGCGCUGCGCGAGCGCUACCCGUACCUCUCCUUCCCGGCCGGCGCGGCGGGCGUCUGGGAGCCGCGGCGCAGCGGCCACAUCUCGGCGCGCAGGCUGGUUGCGGCGCAGAUUUCCGCGGCGCAGCGCUGCGUUCGGCCGGGCGUCGCCUUUGAGCGUGUCGACGAGUCAGCUGUGGCGGUGGAGGAGGCGGCGGCGAAGGCCGCCGCGGGGACGGAUCAGGCGACGGGCGAGGCGGAGGGCGAGGCGCCGGCGCCCUCGUACCGCGUCCUCCUGCGCGACGGCCGCGAGCUGCGCGCGGCCCGCGUGCUGCUCUGCUGCGGCGCCUUCACCAACGGUCCGAGCAGGCUGGUCCCGGCGCCGCUGCGCCUGAGCAACUUCACCACGCAGACAGUGCACUUCUCGCUCGGCGACAGCGACGCAGCCCGCCUCGAGGGGAUGCCGAGCGUGAUUGCAAAGUUCCCCACCUGGUGGGCCUACCUCCUGCCGCCGAUCCGGUACCCAGACGGACGGACCGUCCUCAAGCUCGGCGGCGCGAGGGUGGAGGAUGCGUCCGCCCCCGCCGCACGCCUGGACGCGGCGGACCGCACGCCUGGGCGGGGCGGCACGCGCCCGCUGCCGGAACCGAGCGACCUGCUGACGUGGUACCGUUCGGGCGGCGACGCGGCGGCCAGGUGUGAGAUGGAGGGGAUGCUGCAUGAGCUGGUGCCGGGGCUGCAACCGCUCGAGGUUCGCUCCGACGCAUGCGCGAACUGCCGCACCGAGACGGGCCUGCCCCUCGUCGGAAAGGUGCGUGGCCAGCUAUACGCGGCCGCGGGCGGCAACGGGCUCGCCGCAAAGUCGUCCGACGAGAUUGGGCGGCUGGCGGCACUUGCGGCGCUCGGAUCGCUCUGCUGCGGCGAAGGCGGUCUACAGCGGUGGCAGGAGCCGGAUUAUGAGAGUGAACUGCUCGCGAGGGAGCGGUUCGCGCCGUGUUGA